AUGGCGCUGGCGGAGCGUGUGUCGAGCCUGGACUCGAUGUUUCUCCGGAAACACGUCCGAGUCGGAGGCACGGCGUUCACUGUUGACUCCCUCAUCGACUGUCUCUUGCUGCUCUACGACGAGUGUGUGCGAUCCUCUCUAUCGAAGGAGAAGACCCUUCAAGGGUUUGUGAAGUUCGUUUCUCCUGUCGUGCAGCAAGUACGGAAACAACGAUUAGCCCGAAGCGACUUCGAAAUAUUGAAAGUUAUAGGCCGAGGAGCGUUCGGCGAAGUUGCCGUAGUCCGAGAAAAAUCUUCACAGAAAGUUUUCGCCAUGAAGAUCCUCAAUAAAUGGGAAAUGCUGAAAAGGGCAGAGACGGCCUGCUUCCAAGAGGAACGAGAUGUUCUCGUUUUCGGAGACAAACGUUGGAUCACCAACCUCCACUACUCGUUCCAGGAUCACUCGAAUCUCUAUCUCGUCAUGGAUUAUUAUUGCGGAGGGGACCUGCUUACAUUAUUAUCGAAAUUCGAAGAUCGACUACCGGAGGAAAUGGCCAAAUUUUACAUCGCUGAAAUGAUCCUGGCAAUCCAUUCACUGCAUUCCUUACGAUACGUCCAUCGGGACGUCAAACCGGAUAACGUUCUUUUAGACGCCCAGGGACACAUCAGACUAGCUGACUUCGGUUCUUGUUUGCGACUCGGUGAAGGAGGACUGGUUCAUUCACGUGUGGCUGUGGGCACACCCGACUACAUAUCACCCGAGAUCCUCCGGGCAAUGGAGGACAAUCAGGGCACCUACGGGCCUGAGUGCGAUUGGUGGUCGCUCGGGGUUUGCAUGUACGAGAUGCUGUUCGGGGAGACGCCGUUCUACGCCGAAAGUCUCCUGGAAACAUACGGCAAGAUCAUGAACCAUAAGAACUCGUUCGAUUUUCCCGAGGACGCCGCCGGAGUUUCGGAAGAAUCGAAAGAUUUGAUUCGCCACCUCGUGUGCGCUGCCGACUCCAGACUGGGACAGAACGGGGUCGAUGACUUCAAGAAUCAUCCCUGGUUCGCGGGAAUCGACUGGGACACUAUUCGAGACAGCGAGGCGCCCUUCAUUCCCCAAGUGAGCUCUCCGACCGACACUUCGAAUUUCGAUGUCGACGAGCUGACGUUCAAGAACGCUGAUUCUUCCGCUCCGCCGAGCGCUAACGCCGUGUUUUCGGGACUACACCUACCAUUCGUCGGAUUCACUUUCACUUCGAACAGCAAAUUGUCAGAAGGUCUAGAAAACGAAGAAGCAGAUGUGUCGAACGGUGCUGUCGAAGUCAAUGAGUCGAAUCGACUUCGUGAUGAACUCGCUAAGAUGCUUCUGAAGAAUAACGAGCUCGAGCAGGAGCUCAAAACUGUCUGUCUUUCACUGACGGCUGACACGGCGGGCAACGGGGAAAUCACCGUGAACUGUCAGACGCGUGACAUGGAACGACUCAUCAAGAAUCUCACCCGGGACAAGGAAGAAAUGAAGGCCGAGCUCAAGGAAUGCCAGGAGCGAAUAGCGCAGAUGUCGAAAGAGAUGAAAAAUCAGGCGACCCAACUCAAGGCCACCAUGUCGGAAUACAACGAGGUAUCGGACCGCCUGUCGGACCUGCGAGCCCAAAAACAAAUCGUUUCACGCCAGGUCCGCGACAAGGAAGAAGAAGUGGAAGCCGCCAUGCACAAAAUAGACUCGCUACGGCAAGAGCUCAGGAGAGCCGAUAGACUGAGACGGGAGCUGGAGACGCACGUAGAGGAAGCGCAGGCCGAGGCUCUCAAGGAACGCCGACUUCGCGAACGCGGUGACGAGUACGUCCGUCAUCUCGAAGGAGAGUUGGAAACGCUUCGAGGCACGGGCAGCGCCCCGACAUCGAAUGGAACCUCCAACGGGGAUCUGGUCGUGCAGCUCAAGGCUGAACUGCAGGAACAGGACAAACACUGGAGGGAGCUGGAGGCCCAGUGGGGAAGCAGAAACCAAAUAGAGGUUAAUGCCUUGAAGCAGAAACUUCUCGAGGCCCAACAACAGAAGGAAACGUUGGAGGAAGAAGUUCAUCGCUUGAAGAGAAACGCUGAAGCCGACGGCGGCCUCAAUCUCCAUCGGGGCAGAAUGGAAGCCCUUGAAGAAGAAGUUCAGAGAGUUCGGUCAGAGAACGAAAGACUCGUACAACUCCUCCAACGAGGCGACCAAGAGAUGGCCGUACUGCGAGAGAAACACGAUCUGAUCGCUCAAUGGGAGACACAAAUAACGGAAAUCAUCCAAUGGGUAUCGGACGAGAAGGACGCGCGGGAAUACCUCCAAGCGCUCGCGACGAAAAUGACCCAAGAGCUCGACUACCUCAGAGGCAUUCCGACCUCUGGUGGUGGGGCUCUGGAACAGAAGAAUUGGCGGAAUCGUCGUUCGCAGAAAUUGGACAAGAUGGAGCUGCUGGCUCUACAGUCGAGCUUGCAGAGUGAGAUCCAGGCCAAACAGGCCAUAUCAGAAGAGCUCAGCCAGGUCCGAACAGACAUGGUCGGCCUACAGAAGGAACUUGAAAGGUUGCGGCAAGAGUUGAACGAUAAGGAUAAGGCGCUGAAGGACGCCCUGACUUCUUUGUCGACGACGAAAGACGCCGACGAAGGCGACACGCUGCUCGACCAAUUUUUGAAGGACACUGCGGGUCAGCGAGAGACCCCGACACCGAUGAAUGCGAACACCGGAUCGAACAUCUCCUUGGCCAUGGGGUCCAGACCCUCGUCCCGGAAUCUCGUCAUAUCGUCUCCGAUCCUCCAGGGUGCCGGUACCUACUCGGACGCCCUCAACAAGUCAAUGCAGACGAAUACCACCACCAUACCCGUGACGGCUGCCAAGCUUAAGGCGCAUCAAUUCCUGGUGCGGUCGUUCAUCGCCCCGCUCAAGUGCAACCAAUGCACUUCAUUGAUGCUGGGCCUGAGCCGCCAAGGAGUCGUAUGCGAGGUGUGUGGUUUCGCCUGCCACGUGGCCUGUCAGGACAGAGUGAAUCCUCAAUGUCCUGUACCCGCUGACCAGCACAGACAGGGGUUGUUGGCGAUCGAUCCGACGAGAGGUGUCGGUACCGCUUACGAGGGUUACGUUAAAGUGCCUAAGGUCGGGGGCGUGAAGAAAGGCUGGCAGAGACAGUUCGUGGCGGUGUGCGAUUUCAAGCUAUUCCUAUACGACACCCAACAAGUUUCGGGAACAGGAAGCCUGAGUCACGGGGCCUCUUUGUCGCAAAUGGACAAAAUACAACAAGCAUGCGUCAGCGCCACGCAGGUGCUCGACAUGCGGGACCCAGACUUCAUGGUUAGCGCAGUUCUGGAAAGCGAUGUGAUUCAUGCAAAUCGGAAGGAUGUCCCCUGUAUUUUUAGGGUAGCGACUUCGAUGUUAGACCCCCCCGGACUGAAAUCGAUCACCUUGAUGAUGGUCGACCGCGAAAGCGAGAAGAACAAAUGGGUGGAUGCGUUGGCGGAACUGCAUCGGAUCCUGAAGCGCAACAAGCUGACAACAAGACGCCUCAUCGAACCCAAGCAGGUCUUGGAUUCGACAUUGGCCAUUAUCAAGAAUUGCCUGUCGGCGGUCAUCAUCUCAAAAGAAAGAAUACUCCUAGGAACCGAAGAGGGCCUGUUUUGCAUAGAUCUCGACAAUAAUGAGAUCUGCAAAGUCGGUUGCAACAAGAAGAUCGAGCAGCUCGAGUACAUUCCCGACGAGCAGCUGAUCCUCUGCAUCUCGGGCAAACAGCGCAGUCUCCGGCUCGUGCCGGUUGCGGCGCUCGACCUCAAGCAUAGCGUGGACUGGAUAAAAGUACCCGACACGAAAGGAUGCAUCACGUUCUGCACGACCAGACUCUUCCACAAUAAUCAGAGCACCUACUACUUCUGCGUUGCCGUGAAGAAACAGAUCUUCAUCCAUCAGAUAAAUCGGUCCAAGUCUCGGCACGGGGGCCGCCAGGUCAUCUCCGUCUCGGCGCCGGUGCAGUGCUUGGACGUGACGGCCGACCGGCUUUGCGUCGGCUGUCACAGCAUGUUCUAUUUGUACAGUUUGGAAGCGAUCUGUGAACCGAUUUGUCUCGUGCAGCCGGACUCGAACCUAUCGUUCGUCUAUCACACACCGAUGGAUGCUCUGAUGUGCAUCGAACUCCCCAAUUACGAAUAUCUCCUAAUAUUCAGUCAACUGGGGGUGUUCGUGAAUUCGAAGGGCAAGAAGAGUCGUGAGAAGGAGUUGAUGUUCGCCAGCACUCCGUACCACGUGAGCUUGAGGGAUGAGGUGUUGUGUGUGUACGCCGAGAGCCACGUCGAUUGCUUCGAUGUAGCGUCGGGCGAUUGGCUACAGACCAUUAAUCUUCGUAGGACAAAACCUCUUAACAAACAAGGUAGUCUUUGCUUGUUGCUCAUUGGUGACCAACCGCACGUGGUCUAUAUGCAUCCUUCUCAUCUGCGUGAGAACAACAUCAUGAUCGCCGACGUUGUCCAUGGAGCUGCCUCAAGACGGCGGUUUUCGAUGCGCGGUGCGGACGGACGCACCGUCGACCGUCGCUCCCGAAUCAUCUCCGCGCCAUCUAAUUUCAAUCAUCUACAACACAUGGGCCCCGGAGAGAUCCAGAAACUCAUUGAUCUUCCUACUACUUUGCAUGAAGUGGCCGCUCAGGAGGAGCAGCAGCAGAAAAACCGUCUCUCAACGUGGUCGUCGAUGUCGGGCGGGAGCAGUUCAACUUCAUCGACUCCUAGACCUCCCUUGCCUAACAAACCGCCGCCGCUGAUACCAGCCCAACCCCGACGACGCGCCCCAUCGUCAAUGCGAUCACCAGACUGUUCGCCAUCCUCGUCCUGUACCACGCAUCAGGAUAGAUCCUCUCUUCAUCACGAAUCUCGAUCGAGUCCUCGCCAUUCGAUAACGUCGAAUAACAGCUGUUCGAGUAUGAGUCCGCCACCUUCACCGGAUCCUAAUGGAGUCGCUCACGAUUGA